AUGCCUCGAGUGCGCGCGAGCGGCGCCGCCGCCGCCAAUGCUCCCGUAGCCGCGACUCCUCACAAACCUGCUGGCAUCAAGAUCCCACUCAACGAUGAUCGCGAAGAAAAGGCAAAGCGUCUGCAGUCUCGCCAGGCCUUCCACGAAAUGCACAUGAAUUCCCUCAAGGCUGCCGCGUCCCCUGCUCGCAAACGAAAGUCCCUCGGUGCUGAACUCGCCGAAGGUCCUCAAACUCCUAGCGGAAGUGGAAGUCAAGACGAAGGCUUCCACGUCGGAGGAACUGCUGUCACGCCUAUGAAGCGUGUCCCUCUUCUGGCCAACUUUGAAGAAUGGAUGAAGAUGGCAACCGACAACAAAAUUAAUGCCACAAACUCUUGGAAUUUUGCUCUGAUCGACUACUUCCACGACAUGUCUCUGCUAAGAGAAGGUGAUGGUGUCAACUUCCAGAAAGCCAGUUGCACUCUGGAUGGCUGUGUGAAAAUCUACACUAGCAGAGUCGACAGUGUCGCAACCGAAACUGGAAAGCUGCUGAGCGGUCUCGCUGAUAGCGGCAACAAGAAAAAGCGUGGAGAAGAAGAUGAUCAAGAGAAUGAGGACGGCGAAGAUGAGGAGGGUGAAGACGGCACCAAGAAGAAGACAAAGAAGAAGGCACACCGCUCCGAAGCAACUCUGGCAACCUCCUUCGCCCAACUACAACUCAAGAAGAUGGAGCUCGAAUUCUCAGUAGACCCUCUAUUCAAGAAAGCCUCGGCAGAUUUCGACGAGGGAGGCGCAAAGGGCCUGUUGCUGAAUCACCUCUCAAUCGACAACACUGGAAGAAUCGUUUUCGACAGCAGCGACGACGCCCAGGACGACGAUGAGUCUCGACGAGACAGCAUGGUUGCAGGCGAGGAAGAGAAGCCAGAUGAGGAAGAACUCAAGGCUGCUCCUCCAGCACCUAUCGAUAUCUCUGGACUGGCCGCGCGAUUUUUCCCAGAUCUCUCAAAGCUUGACACCCAAGAUAUUUGCCCAUCGCUCAAGACCUUCGAGCUUGGCGGUGGCAGUGCCUCCAUGGAUCUACCUUUCCUCAAGGCUCCAGAAGAUUGGCGCGCGCAAAAAGAAGAGGAGGACAACGAUGACGCUCGUUCCGGCAUUGUCUUAGGUGAUGAUGAUGCUGUGGGUUUCGACGACGAUGACGGUGCAUUUGGUGGCUUUGAUAUUCCUGCUGAUGCUGGUUUCGGCGAAGGUGGUGAGGCAUGGGCCAAGGAAGCACACGUUGAGCCUCAACUUCGACCUCACGAUGAAGGCGCUGAUGUUGAUGCUGGCGUGGGUGUCGAUGCAGAAGGCGGCGAGGUGGGCGGUUUCGAUUCGAAUGGCAAUCAAUUUGGUGUCACUCUUGCGCAUCGCGGUGACGAGCAUGAGAACAUCUUGAGCUACUUCGACCAAGCACUACAGAAGAACUGGGCCGGUCCAGAGCACUGGAAGAUCAGGAAGAUCAAAGACGCAGCAAAAGCAACACCCGCAACAACAAAGAAGAAGGAGAAAGAGCCAUUCGAGAUUGAUUUCAUGAGCCCCAUGAAUCAACAACUAGCCGACUUGCUCUACACUUCAGCACCAUCGAACGCGACUAUCAGUCUGCCAAAGAAGGACUGGAAGAGCAAGACACGUAAUCUGCUACCCGACGACAAGCACUUCAGCUCGCGCGAUUUGCUACGACUUUUCCUCAAGCCCAAGGCUCGUAUGGGAUCACGAAAAUCAACACAACAAGCCCGUGGUACCGCCGAACAGUUCCAACAUGGCGAUGUGGAUGAAGCAUAUUGGGCAAACGCGCAAGGCCUAGCUGAACCGCAACCCAUCGACGAAGGUGCACGAGGUGAUUACGAUGCCAACUUCUUCCAAGACGAUGGUUUGGGUGUUGCAGCAGGAGCUGCAGAUGACGAUGACGACUUUGCAGAUGCACAAGAGAUGUUACCACCUGCAGAUGCCUUUGAUGCUGCACAACCAGGGGAACCUAACAGUCUACCGCCCAGCAGCCAAGAGACCGCGUUUGGAUCGAAUCUUAUCACACAAAGUAGACGCAUGCGACCAGAAUAUGUACAAUACGCACGUGUAGCGAAGAAGGUCGACGUACGGCGGUUGAAGGAGGAGAUGUGGCGAGGCAUUGGAUUCGAGGUCGAGCCAACACAAACACCGUCAAAAGCCCCGCCGCCGACCGUCGAUAUAUCAGAAGAAGGCACGUUUAAAUUCACAGACGUGAUGAACAACCUUCGGCACGUGUAUCCUCAGCAACAGUUAUCAGACAUCAGCACAAGUUUCGGCUUCAUCUGUCUCUUGCAUCUUGCCAACGAAAAAGGCUUGGUCAUUGAAAACCAGGCUGGCUUUGAAGAGCUGAUAUGCAGAAAAGAUGUUAGUUUCAAUGCUGCGGAUAAUGUUUAG